AUGACUUUGUUUGAAGGAGGACAACGCAAAGGUCCAGACCUCAAGAAGAAGCUCGUCGUGGUCGGUGAUGGAGGAUGUGGCAAGACCUGCCUCCUCACCGUCUACGCCGAGAACCGCUUCCCAGAGACCUAUGUCCCAACCGUCUUCGAGAACCUCAUCACGACCGUGCCUCACCCAACGGACCCGUCAAAGACGAUCGAGCUCGCGUUAUGGGACACGGCAGGACAGGAAGACUUUGACCGUCUCAGGCCGCUGAGCUACAACGACACGGACGUCAUCUUGGUCGUGUUUGCGUGCAACCACCGGCCAAGUUUGGAGAACGUGCUGGACAAGUGGUUCCCCGAGAUGUCGCACUUUUGCGAGAACGUCCCUCUCCUGCUCGUGUGCACCAAGACCGACUUACGCAACGACCCGACGACAAAGUCGCUCAUGGCGGCCCAGGGCGUUGGACCCAUCUCGCCAGCCGAGGGAGAACGCGUCGCAAAGGACAUUGGCGCACGGCGGUACCUCGAGUGCUCAGCCAAGGAGGGCACCGGCGUGCGCGAGGUGUUUGACGCUGCGAUCCGCGAGAGCCUGCGCCGCGGCGGUGUGUCCAGAGUCAUCAAGAAGAGCGGCAAGAAGUGUGUCGUGCUGUAGGGCCGGCUCCUACCCUACCUACCCUUGAUUUCUUGUUGCGCGCGCCCGGCCACACACCCUUGCCGCGGCGCGCUGUUGUGUCACUAGCAUAUUGAGUUUCUUCCUACCCCCACCCCAUUGGAAUAGCAUCGUAGGCAUGCAGUAGGCC